ACAAUGCCCCUGGUACAGCUUGGAUCACAGCAUGGCGCAUGGCCGAAGCCUCGAAGUGUUUUGACUUUCUCACAAAUCUUAAGCUAUAUUUUAUAUGUAGUUUUAAGAUUCGAUUCGUUUUUAUAUUCUCGACGGCAAUUUCUGGGGUAUUUUCAGUAUUAUGAACUUGAAGAACAAGCUCAAAAAAUCUUAAGGAAGCCUAAAACAUCUGGUAAAAGAUCGUGAUAACUCGUGUUGGUCUUCGUGUGUUGGUAUUUAAUUAGGUUAACUGUAAGUAUUAAGAGAGAAAGAAUGCCGGGCAAAAGAAGAAAACAAACUACUAAUAAGGAAGCUAAAUGCAGAUUGUGUGGUGGGGUUGUCGUAGAGAAACGGCAGGAAACGACUUAUCGACAUAUUCCAGGAUUUAUUUAUGACACAGAAAAGAAAAAGUAUUUUAGGAUAACACAUGAAAUUCAAUGUAAAAUGUCUUCACAAGAAGUAAAUAAGGAAUCCAAAAUCUGCAAGAAAUGCUCAGAAGUCAAAAGAAAAAGACUAAAAAAACAACAAAAUUCAUCCUUUGUAAAAUUCAUUAUGUCAAGACAGUAUCAACAGACAGACCCAUUGAUUUCACAAAGUGAGGCAAUGGAGAAGCUUGUCCAACAAUAUCGUGUGCGGCAAUCCUCUAAACUUCAUUUAACACAUGUUUAUGCUCCUGAAUUUGCUGUUUCUUCCAUUCAUCCUGAUUUGAAACACCAAAGAAUUCUCACUCUAUACAAAACAAGUGGAUCUGAAGAUCCAGUUGUUCAAUUUCACCAAGUAUCAAAAGACAAAAACCACAAGAUGUCAAUAGUACCAGGAUCAUCCAUGAUGAAGGAUCAACUAGUGACAUCUCUUAACUGGAGUCCUCAUCCCAAAACAAUUGACUUCUUUCUAAUAACCUUACUUGGCCAUGGUGACAAGUGGGGUGAGGGUCUACUCUUUCAAGUUGAAGAAUUAACACAAAGGUUUCUUGGCAGGUAUCCAAUGAACCGUCAUUCUGUGUGGACAAGUGCCUGGAAUAAGAACCCACUGUAUGAUAACAUCAUUAGUCUAGGUGCUUCUAAUUUAGCUCUUACAUUUGAUGUCAACACAAGACAUCGAUUAUUACGUUUCCCUUCAGUAAGCGAUACUUUUGCUCAGCAGUUUGCAUUCAAGGUAAGAGCAUCUAGUGGCAAGUACCUCCCUCCCCAUCCUAGCAAGAACUCAAGUUAUGAUCCUAUUAUACGAAAAUGGGAUUUAAGAAUGCAACGAAUAGUGCGAGAAUACCAUGGUCACGUGAACCAGAAUACCUUGAGAUUGCCGAUCUUUGUCGACUCUACAGAUUCCCUCUUGUUCGCAGCUGGUGAGGACUCACUUACUCGAGUAUGGAGUGUGCGCACUGGAGAAAUAGUUCGUACCAUUCCUUACCCGGAUAAAGAGAGCAAACAAAUCGUUCAGGUUCCUGCUCUUUGUUAUAGUGAUGAGUGGGGAGGACCUGGGGGAUUGCCAGGGCUCAUGUAUGCAACCAAUGACAAUGUACGUUUGUAUAGCACGUGAUCAGAUUAGAUUAGUAAAUUUAUUUUGGCUAUCAAAGGUUGAAGACCGGUCACAAUGUAAAUUUCCUAUAAAAGGAUAAUCGAGUUACAAGUUCUUUGUGACUAGUUAGACUCGAUUCUGCCUAGAUAGAUGGUGUGUGUGUGUGUAAGGAGGGGGGGAGGUCAACCAGAGAAAAACCAUCAAAAAAACGUUUUUCAAUCGGAUGUUCCCUAUAUCUUUUUUAUAUCUAAAAUAUCGACUGUCAGUAUUUUCCGUUUUUUUUCUUUGGUUAGUCUCUCCUCUCGACCCCGGUGCAAAGUAUUUUGGGUAAUGUUUAAGUAGAUGAUAAUAUAUUCAUACAAAAGUCAUGAUCAGUUUUCAUUUUUACGCACGCGCACUCUCUAUCAUUUAUUUUUAAAUAAUACUUUAUUUAUCCUAAAUUAUUCAUGAAUUAUUCUCAUUUAUAAAAACAUAAACACACAUCUAUCAUUCGCGUAUUGAAGGUGAAAAUAAACCCUUCGACGUAGGGGACAAUCUUUAAAAUAGGGAAAUAAUUUGCCCAAAAAGAAGAGCAUUUCACAAAAAGUCUUAAUUCGGGUAUAAGUGAAUGAAGAGUACAAUUAGUUUGACUGUGAAACGGUAUGGUACUGAAUUAUUGACGAUGCCCCUUGAACCAAUCAAAGCACUCUAGACCACUUCUUAUCCAAUGAAAAUACCGGGUUUUCACAGUCGUAGGAAAUUUGCUCUAAUUCAUGGUUCAGACUCCCCUUAGUUACCGUUGCUAUGUCAACGAAUUAUCUAGAAUAUCUCRAAAUUCAAAACUCUGAUUUCAGAAUGUUGAUUAUAAAUUGUUUCAAUAGUUUACUGUCUUGAGAAACGAAUUGAAAACUGUCCUCAUUAUCCUUGUAGUACUGUGUAGUUGUUUGUGGGACAAGAUUUUAUAUCCACUUGGAAAACUGCUGCAACCGUGAUUUGAUCGCUAUAGUGGGAGUCAAAAACAUGAAUAAGAGUAAUCAAUAGACUAUGAAGGACAUCUGUCCUUCGUUUUCUCUUGGAGUAAUCUAUGACUUGCCUCUAAACAAGUCAAAACUGUCAAUUCAACAAGUCAAUUUAUCAAAUAAAAUAAUACUACAUUUUGAUUCAA